UAGGCGAAGAAGCAGAAAUAUUUAUAAUUAUUGUGAUAUAUAGGGUAUGCUGUAAAGACUGGAAAAUAUAUAUGGGGAGUCAAGAAAAUUCAAGGUCCCAAGAAAGUACCAGUCAGUCUGAAGAAAUGUUGCACAGGAUAAGUUACAUUAUUACUAGAUCUUCCUCAUCAACUACUGUCAGCUCAGUUCACAAAGAACAAGCAAUAAUGCCUAUAAAUGGAAUAGUAUUUGAUUUGGAUGGGACAUUAACUAUUCCAGUACUUAACUUCAAAGAACUACGAAAAAAACUUGGUUGCCCUCCUCUGCCAGUAGAUAUACUCGAAUUUGUCAGAUCAAAACCAGAAAAUGAGAAAGCAAGACUAUUGAAAGUAGUACAAGACUUUGAAGAUGAAGGGAACAGAAAUAUGGUGCUUCAACCAGGUGUUCAUAAGCUUUUAAAAUUCUUAACAGAUAAUGGUAUAAAGAGAGCCUUAUUAACCAGAAAUGAAAGGCCAUGUGUUAAUACAUUUUUAGAAAAACUAGGAGACCCGUCAGAAUAUGGAGGACCUUUCUCUCAUUUAUUGACCAGAGAUUUCACACCUUCAAAGCCACACCCUGCCCCUAUCCAUCACAUCUGUAAAGAAUGGGGAAUAAAACCAUGUAAUGCUGUUAUGGUUGGAGACCAUUUUCAUGAUAUAAACUGUGGCAAAAAAGCUGGCACUGUGACGAUACUACUUAACAAUCCAAAGAAUGGUGCCUGCAAAGAAUCAGCUGAUUUUAAUGUCAACUCCUUGGAAGACAUGAUAUCUUUACUAAAGAACAACUCAAUGGUUGUUCAACGGGAAAUUCCACUACCGGCACAUGUACAUGCCCAAGAGGGUACUGAGAAACACCAAUGAAAUGGCUUAUAAAUUCUGUCCUUGAAAUAUUCAUACUUGCUAGUGUUAUCCAGUCUAUCUGUUACAUGUUUGCCUGCCUCCCUUUACUGUCUCUCCAACACAAGAAAAGACUUUUAAUUAAUAUGCCAUCGUCAUGUCGAAGUUGCAUCUAAAAUUGUCCUGCUUGCCUAGUACCAUUAAAAAGAAAAUUUUUUCUCA